AUGAUCUACAACACCUUCUCUACCGGCUUUGCCCUCACCAUUAAAUAUACCUGUCCUAGGUCCCACUGUGGAGUUUGGCGCUCUCAACCCCACGUCGGUUCCAGCACUUCUUUCGAGGGAAACCUUCUCCUCCCCGCUGCAAUUCUCUUAGCUGGUGGUACUUUCACCAAAUUUGCCGAUAUUGCACAGACAUUCCACCUGCAGUGUUUUGGCGAGACUCAGUUUAAAGAAGUGCAGAGAAAAGUGCUCUUGCCAGUCAUUGAUGAGUAUUAUUUGGCUGAGCAGCAGGGAGUGCUGUCUUUGUUUUGUAACAAGGAAGGUGAAGAUGACAAGGUCACUCUAUUGGGGGAUGGGAGAUGUGACUCGCCGGGCUAUAAUGCAAAAUACUGCAGCUACACAUUCAUGGAGGAACAGAGCCAGUACAUUGUUGAUUUCCAACUUGUGCAAGUAUCCGAAGUCACUAGUUCGCAGGCCAUGGAAAAGAAGGGCUUCCUGAGGUCAUUGGAGUUCCUGCAGAAUGAGGGGAUGCACAUCGACUGCAUUGCUACAGACCGGCAUGUAGGAGUAAGGGCUGCCCUGAAGCAGCGGCAAUAUAGUCAUAUAGACCACCAGUUUGACAUAUUCCACAUGGCCAAGUCAGUGAAGAAGAAACUGGCGGAACAUGCAAAGACAAGGAGCAAGGCAGUCCUGUUUCCAUGGAUAAAGGCUGUUUCCACGCACCUGUGGUGGUGCGCCAGCACUUGUGGGAACGAUGAUGUGAUACUGCGAGAGAGGUGGACAAGUGUAGCCAGACAUGUCACCAACCAACACGACACGUUCGAAGAGAACCACACCUUCACAGAGUGUGAGCAUCCCUCCCUCUCAGAAGAGGACAGGGCGGACAUCAAGUGGCUACGGGCAGGAUCUCCGGCGCACAAGGCUCUGUAUGAAGUGGUGAAUGAGCCUGCACUCCUGAGAGACUUGUCACACCUAUCUAGGUUCAAACACGCAGGCAGCUCCCAAGGCUAA